CUCAUAAUAUGUAGUGGUAUGUUGUGUUGUUGUGUUGUUGUGUGUUGGUUAAGAAUGGAAGAAGCGGCGAAGAGAUGGGUUGUGAAAUUAUCAAAGUGGGAUCCACACCCCUCUGACUUCUCCUUCGCUCUCUCCCUCCUUCCGUCCCACGAACACUCCUCUGUUACCAGGUUUGUUAAAUUGGAAGACAGGAAACGUGCACUUGUCAGCCGCAUGCUUCAGUACGUUCUUGUUCAUAAUGUGUUACAAAUCCCAUUUCCUGACAUUGUCAUAAAACGAACUUUGGAAGGCAAACCCUAUUUGGAUUAUGAUGGUCUUAGAUUCCCAAAUUUUAAUUUCAAUGUAUCACAUCAUGGUGACUAUGUGGCCAUAGCAUCUGAACCUGUAUGUCUUGUGGGGGUAGACAUUGUCUCCUAUGAUGUUCCACGGGGAGAAACAAUUACAGAAUUCAUUCAACUCUUCUCAUCAUACUUUUCAUGUAUGGAAUGGGAUAACAUAGUCACGGCUGGCACUUCUGAUGAUGUAUUAAUUGAAUUUUACAGGUAUUGGAGCCUAAAAGAAGCAUAUGUUAAAGCUAUAGGAAGUGGACUGACUGAAGGGUUGAAUAAAGUGGAGUUUUCUCACACAAGAUGGACUGAUAUAUCAGCUAAAGUGAAUGGGAAGGUUAUGACACAGUGGAGAUUUUGGCUGUUUGAACUUGGUGAUAGACAUUGUUUUCUUGUUUUACAGGUUUCAAUUGCGAGAGUUCACCCAAUAUCAGCUGCCACGAGUUACAAAAGAACACUGAAGAAAGUAGACUUUACUGAAGAUGAAUAUACCGAAGGUCUUCAUCUUCCAAAUGUAGACUUUGUUCAACUAGGAAUAGAACAACUUAUUUCAACUUUACAGAAAGCUUAGAGGAUAGAUGUUAAUGUAAAUCUAUGUACAAAGAUUUGUAUACGUUGAUGAAAAUAUUAUUUUAAAAAGACUGUAUUCAGUACAUUGAUAGAAAAUCAUGCACCCCAAUUUUCUCAAUCCAAAUAAGCUCUUUUUCA